UGGAGCCUGGCCGUGUAGGGGCGGACAGGUUCAGACAGAGCUUGAUGACAGUGGUACCCAGGAGAACUGGGAGUCCCAGUGCACUCCAGAGGCCAGAAGACAAACAAGCUCACCUAAUUGGCCAUUCAAGGCUCCAAGUCCCAGCAGUUCAAGAGAAGAGACUUUCCCACCACAGUGACCCCAAGGUGCACGUCCUUGCACUACUACUGCCUGGAUGAAGCAACAAGAUGUGGCAGCUGAAGUGAGCUGAGGCCAUUUCCUCCUCUGCUUCUACCAGAAACCAGGAGCUCCUGAAGCUUGAACAUGGAGCACCCAUCCACACAGUUCCUGUGACCCCAAGACCCUCGCCUUCCCCCUCCCAACACUCUCUUCAUUGCAUGGGAACCCAAAGCUAAGAAGGAGAGGUGACAGUUCUACAAGCUGACCUCAUCAUCUACUGCACAGACACGGGCUGUGUGACCUUCAACAGUCAUGACCCUCACCUGGAGGAGGGUUUUAGAGCAUAGCAUUCAGAUCGUGUCUUAAUAUACUAUCAGUGAUUGAAAUGGUCAGAAGCUCAGCUGCAUACUUACUCCUGAUUUAACUCACUCCCAUGGUGCAUCCUGGCUGCUCCAGUAGUAACCAAUCAUUAUCACAUUAGCUCUGGAAGACAGGGAAAAUCUCACUGCUGAACCACCUGGCUAUCAGAUUCCUCUUCACAAUUGGCUUAGGAAUGAAGGGAAGAAGAAAUCUUCAGUAUUGAAAUCCUUGGACCUAUGCGUCUAUCUUGAAUUUUGUUUAUUAAUUCUUUGCUAAACCAUUAACUCCAUUAUAUCUUCAACUAGAUUUUUUGUUGUUGUUUAUCUGUUCUAAAUAGUCUUCAGCAGCAGUUUAGCUUGACCCACUUAUUUUGCCAACAAGGAGGGGUAAUUCCCGUCGGGAGGACUGAGGCUCAUGCCAUUGUACAAUAAUGGAAACCUCUCCAAGGUCUACUUUCAAGAUUUUGUGCUGGAGGGAUUUGCAGGUGGCCUUAGGACCCAGGCCCUGCUCUUUGCUGUGUUCCUUGCCCUGUACAUGGUGACUGUGCUGGGUAACCUCCUCAUGAUCAUCGUUAUCACCCUGGAUGCCCGCCUGCACUCCCCAAUGUACUUCUUUCUCAAGAACCUCUCCUUUGUGGACUUGUGCUACUCAUCUGUCAUUGCCCCAAAUGCACUGGCCAACUUCUUCUCCUCGUCCAAGGUCAUCACCUUUGCAGGAUGUGCCACCCAGUUUUUCUUUUUCUCCUUGCUGGCCACAACUGAAGGCUUCCUCCUGGGUGUCAUGGCCUAUGACCGCUUCAUGGCCAUCUGUAACCCCUUGCGUUACCCCAUCACCAUGUGCCAGUCUGCCUGCACUCGCCUGCUGCUGGGUGCCUACUGUGGAGGCUGCUUCAACUCUGUUGUGCAGACCAGCUUCACAUUCCACCUCCCAUUCUGCAGCUCCAACCGCAUCAACCAUUUCUUCUGUGAUGUGCCCCCUCUGCUCCAGAUCGCCUGUGGCAACACGGCCAUCAAUGAACUUCUCUUGUUUGGCAUCUGUGGGCUCAUCAUAGUGGCUGUGACGAUUGUGAUCCUCAUCUCCUAUGGCUACAUCACAGUGACCAUCCUGAGGAUGCGCUCAGGAACUGGGAGACGCAAGAUCUUCUCCACCUGUGGCUCCCACAUGACUGCAGUGACUCUCUUUUUUGGGACUCUCUUUGUCAUGUAUGCCCAGCCAGGAGCAAUUGAGUCCAUGGAGCAGGGCAAGGUGGUCUCUGUCUUCUACACGCUGGUCAUCCCAAUGCUCAAUCCCCUCAUCUACAGUCUACGAAACAAGGAUGUGAAGGAGGCCCUGCGGAGGCUGGGCCAGAAGCACACGACCAUGUGAAGGAUGUGCUGAAGGGAGUCAAUGUGUCCUGCAACCUUGAUGGAGGGUAUGGAGAUUGCCACAGGUGGGGUGAUGAAGUUAUUAUGUAACAGACAUAAACUGCUGUCAUAAAAGAAUAAGCUUUAGAGAUGUGCUGUACCCUGUAUCUACAACCAACAUGAUUACUGUGUUCUGAAAAAAUGUAUUAAAUGGUAGUUCCUAGGUCAAGUGCUCUCUUCUGAAUAAAAUUGUUAAAAAUGAGUCUUCCAUAUAGGAAAGAAAUUAAUGGUUGCUGCAGUGGAGGGUAUAGGGAAUGGGGUAACCGGAUGACGGGCAUUAAGGUGGGCACAUGAUGUCUAUGAUUCUCUUCUGCUCACACCUGAGGCCCAGAGAGACUUGUCUGCUUUGGAGCCUAGCUGUGUAGGGGCAGACGGGUUCAGACAGAGCUUGAUGACAGUGGUACCCAGGGGAACUGGGAGUCCCAGUACACUCCAGAGGCCAGAAGACAAACAAGCUCACCUAAUUGGCCAUUCAAGGCUCCAAGUCCCAGCAGUUCAGGAGGAGAGACCUUCCCAGCACAGUGACCCCAAGGUGCACGUCCUUGCACUACUACUGCCUGGAUGAAGCAACAAGAUGUGGCAGCUGAAGUGAGCUGAGGCCAUUUCCUCCUCUGCUUCUACCAGAAACCAGGAGCUCCUGAAGCUUGAACAUGGAGCACCCAUCCACACAGCCCCUGUGACCCCAAGACCCUCGCCUGCUCCCUCCCAACACUCUCUUCAUUGCAUGGGAACCCAAAACUAAGAAGGAGGGGUGACAGUUCUACAAGCCGACCUCAUCAUCAUCUGCAUAGACAUGGGCUGUGUGACCUUCAACAGUCAUGACCCUCACCUGGAGGAG